UAUAGAUUGAGUCUUGCAGUGAUUGUAUGCAAACUAUCUAAUAAAAUUAAUGCACUGCUUUAGAAUUUUAACAGGUGUCAUUAUUUUAUCGUGAUGGAACUUCUGCGCUCGGCUAUAGCGCAGGCUAUGCUAACAAAAAAACCGAUACCGGAUGUUCCACUUUUAACAUUAGUUCGUGAAAGUUUAAUCGAGCAGAUCCGAGUGAGAUUUCCGGAGACCACGGGCACCGUAUCCACUGAACCCAUUCAAGCCAACUGUUUCGGAGUAGUUGAUUUUCGUGCAUGGUUAGAUUGCAUUCCUCAAAGAUAUCGUAAUAUUAAAAUUGACAAAUGGAUUCGCCAGGAAGAGAACCUUCUGGUAUACACCGGGAGGUUUUUAGUGGAGAAAGAGGUGGUUCGGUUUCCGCUGGAACCACCCAAUGAGCAAAAGAUGCCCAUUGGCGAUUACUACUGGGAACUGUCACCCUACGUUAGAGAUCACAGGGAACUGAAAGACUCCGAUGUGUACAUUUGCAAGUUGAUCAAACGGGGAAAUAACGGAGAAAGAACGACUAAGUGCGCAUUUGAAAUAUUUAUUAUCCAGCCAAAUGCGGUCAAAAAAAUGGUUCAGAUCGCACAGCGAGAAAUCAGGAAAAGCAUAACCGGAGCCGGUGGACAAAAUCCGGAUGAAAAACCAAAGGUUCGGGAAUACAACGUUCGAUGGAUUGCGCCAGGAUUGGAAGUCGUGAGUAAAGUCACCGAACUAUAUGGUUAUAUGCAGCGCCAGCAGCUAUACUUGUCGUCGGAACUCGAAAAGCGAAUACGCCGGCUGGAAGACGUCAGACUGGAAAUAUUAGCGGUCAGUCCGGACCAACCGUCACCGGAAAUCCGCUUGACAGCCCAGGAAGCGCUGAGCCGGUUUUUCACUGAAUUUCGGGAUGCAUUGUACCGGCACCGCAACAAACCCCAUAUAGAAAUGCCAGGGAAAAACUGCCCUAUAAAUAAGGCUAAGCAGGAUUCCAGCAAAUCACUGGUGAAUUUUGCGUGCCCAAUUGUAAAAAAGAAUUCCAAAGGCAAGGUUGCGGCGUUGCUGAGAAGGAACACUUUAGGAUUGCUGAAAACCAGUGACAAACCAGCCGAGAAAAUUAAAAUCUGACUAACCAGAUUAUUGCCAUAAUUAUAUCAAUACACUCUUAUUACUUUAAUUUUGUGUUUUUAUGCAAACUUGAAUUUCUUUUGGAGAAAGCUUUUCUUGGUUUUCUGUUUGUAAGCCAUUUUUCCACAGUGUUUACGUUAACACUGUUUUUGUAUUUUGAUAUUAUUAUUAUCAUGAAAUUGCUUAUUGUUAACCAGUCAUGAGCGACGGCGUAGCGUUAAAAUACAU